AUGAACAAUACAAAGCCCUGCCUGGGCAACGCCGACGAGCAUUUUGGCCCUGGCAUAGCGACCUCAUGCCGGGGCUUUGACUUCACGAUUCUCUUCGAAGACAUCUUUUGCGUAUUGCUGCCGUCGGCCAUUUUCGUGGUCGCUGCGGGGCUCCGUAUCGCUACGCUGCUGCUCCACCGUCCUUACGGGCGCCAACGUGGACUUGUCGGCCAGAAUGAGCAUCGGCGACGAUGGCCCGGUGUCUUGUUCGUUGCGUUGCUGGCGGCGUACGUGGCACUUGAGGGCGCAGCGGUGGGUGGUGCUCUUCAGAAGCGCGAAAGAGUCGGGCAUGCGCACGUGCACGUGGCAGCGAGUGCUGUCGCGUUUGCGGCUGCGGUGGCGGUGGUGCUGCUCUGGGUGGUGGAGAAGUGCAUAUGCGGAUGCGCGAAGCCGUCGAUGCUGUUGGGUUUGUACCUCUGCGUGCGGCUAUUGCUGCGGAGCGUCACCGUGCGCACCGCGUGGCUCGUGGCGGCAAGCAGUGCCGACACAUCGACGGCGACGGGGACGGCGACGGCGGCACUGGCAGUCCAUAUCCUCUUGGUGGCGGAAGAGGAGUGUGCUCCGCUCCUGCUUCUACGCAGACCACGCGGCCCACGCCAAGAUGCCUGUUCCGCUCGUUCCAUCCGCUCCACUAGCUCGACUAGGACUAGCACAGCGCGAGAGUCACGCGCCGGCUUCCUCGGCCGCAGCCUGCUCACAUGGCUGCUCCCGUUGCUGCGCACAGGCUUCGCGCCAUCCCGCACUCUCAGCGUCGACGACCUGAGCGCCGCCAGCACAGCGCCCUCCAGCUUCACGACUCUGGACGCCUUGCAGCGCAGCAACAGCAACAGCAACCGCAACCGCAACCGCAACCGCAACAAUCAACGGCAUGCCGGCCUCCUCAAGCACGCGCUCACGUGCACUGCGCGUCCCGCUCUUUUGGCACGCGGCCCGGCCCUCACCAUCGCCCUCGUGCAAUACUUUUCGCGCCCGCACAAGCCGCUGGAUCGCGGCCGUGCGCUCAUCGCCGCCUGCUUUCUGCUCUAUAGCGCCAGCGCCGUGGCCAACGCGUGGUAUCGCACGCUUGCCUGUCGCUGGACAGCCGCUGCCCGCGCCUUGCACACUGACCUAAUCAUGCAGAAGCUGGCUCGCCUCCCCGUCGACCGUGUCGCCGAAGCACAGGCUCUCACCAUGAUGAGCUCCGAUGUACAGCGCAUCGCCACUGCCACGAGCUAUGCCCAUGAGCUGUGGGCCGCUCCACUUGAAGUGGCCCUGGCUACAUAUCUGCUUUGGCGACAGCUAGGCCUGUCCUCGCUAGCGACUCUGGCCAUUGCUCUUGUGUGCGCCGGCCUCUCGACAACUCUUGGACGGCGCCUUGUCCCCACGCAACGUACGUGGUUGGAGGCCGCGGAGCGACGAGUCGCGGCCACGCGCAAGUUCCUGGCAUCGCGCAAGGCUGUCAAGAUGAUGGGCAUGGAUGCCACGGUCGCGGCCACCAUUACCGACCUUCGCCAGCAGGAAUUCACCGCAUCGAAACCUUUCCGCAUUCUCACGGUGAGCACCGUAGUAGUGUCUUUUUCCACUCUGUCACUGGCACCCAUUGUCACAUUCGGCGCUUAUAUAGUCAUCCACGGCGCUGCUUUUGACGCCCCGAAGCUGUUCAGCUCACUUGUGCUCAUCAGCCUGCUCGCAAGUCCGCUAGUGCGACUGUUCCAACUUGUCCCUCUCUUCGCGGCAGCGCUGGGAUGCAUUGCUCGAUUGGAAGACUUUCUGUGCCGAGACGAGUCGCACGUGCAUUGUGCAGCGGCGGUGCACCCACCUCACUCUCAACCCCAGCUCGGGACAAACCAAACCAACGCGGAGAAAAGCUCGCGUUAUACUCCGUCUCGCCCGCGAGACAUUGUCCUCGUCGAGGACGUCCACCUGAGGUGGGACUCGCACGUUCUCUUCGCGGGCAUCAAUCUGCGCGUCCCAAAGGGCCACAACGUAGCCAUCACAGGCCCUGUCGGCGCUGGUAAGACUACCCUGCUCCACCUCAUUCUGGGCGAGAUCCCUCCCACCAUGGGAAGCGUCAUUGUGGACAGAUCCGUCCCGAUUGGCUACUGUGCGCAGACACCGUGGCUUGAAAACCAGUCUGCCUACGACAAUGUCUUCCAGCACAGUACACUGAACGAUGCGUGGCGAACAACGAUCAUCGAUGCAUGCGCCAUUCGUCCACUGAUCGAUCCAAAGACUAGCAGCGCUGCUGGCGAGCCGGUUGGAGAUCGAGGCGCCAGGCUCAGCGGCGGGGAAAAACAGCGUUUGGCUCUUGCACGAGCAGUUGCGAUGCGGCCAUCGUUGUUACUCCUCGACGAUCCUUUGAGCGCUGUUGACCGCCGAACUUUGCUUCACAUCACAAAUCGGCUGUUUGGCCCACGCGGCGUUUUGCGUCAAUUGCAAACGACUGUUGUCCAGGUUGCAAAUAAUGACUAUGCGGCCAGCUUCGCCGAUGAGGUCUUCAAACUCGAUGGCAAUGGCUGCCUACAGACUGAUUAUCAGUAUACCAAGCCAGAAUGCAACAUCGACGAUGAACAGCAAUGGAGUGCGGACUGCCAAAGUACUACUGUGGGGCAAGCAGAGAAAGCUACACGGUAUGUGGCAACUACCGCUUCUUCUGGCCCAGGGAAUACCCGUGUGAGUGACACGCAGGUGUAUCGGCUCUACCUUACCUCGAUAGGAGUCUGGUUCUUCGCUCUCUUCGUCAUCUGCGGGAUGUUUUUCGCCGUAACGAUGAAGUUCCCCAACAUCUGGGCGACGUGGUGGGUUGACUCUCUGACCAAACAGUCUGCGAGCCGAAGUAUCAGUCUCUGGAUGGCCCUUUAUGCUCUCCUUGGUUGCCUUCCUCCCAUCGUGCUGGCCGUAUGGCUCAGCCUCCUGAUGCUAAAGUUGGUCCCCAUGUCGGGUCUCGAGUUCCAUGCGCAGCUGCUGAGGACAGUCCUCGCCGCUACGUUCCGAUGCGCCAGUAGAUGUGACUUUGGGGAUGUGAUGAAUCGCUUUAACCAGGACAUUGGACUUAUCGACUCCCGGCUACCUCUCAACCUGCUUAACACAAUUUCGGCCCUGUUCUUAUGUAUUACACAGCUCUUCAUUGUGGUCACAGCUGCCAUUUACGCGUUGGGCGCUUUGCCUAUCUUGCUUGCGGUGCUUUCCGUCUUGCAAAUGGUCUACCUGCGGACAUCGAAGCAGGUACGACAGCUUGAUAUACAAUCCAAGGCCGCACUGCAUGCCAGCAUAGCCGAGCUUCACGAAGGUCUGAUCACCAUCAGAGCACACAAGUUGCAGCGAGCCAAGCACGCAUCAUUUUUGGAUAAACUCGAACUCUCUCAGCGCCCGUUCUAUACAAUGUACAUCAUUCAGGUCUGGCUCCAGCUUGUGUUGAAUAUGAUCGUGGCGGGUCUUUCUACAGCUGUGGUUGGCUUGGCGGUUGGCAUGCGGACAUCAACGUCUGCCAGUAACAUUGGCCUAUCUAUGCUCAACAUUGUCACGCUGGGGCAAUCACUCGAAGAACUGCUAGAGCCAUGGACACAGAUGGAGACUUCUCUGGCCUCAAUUGCUCGGAUCAAGUCUUUCGAAUUGGAUACACCUCAAGAACAUCUUAGCAGCAAUGUAUUGAGUGUCACAAGCGACUGGCCCAAGAAUGGCGUGCUGGAUAUCCACGGCUUGUGGGUGACGUACUCCCCUGAGAGCGAGAAUCCUGAAUGGGCAUUGCAGAAUGUGACACUUUGCAUUGCUGCCGGCCAAAAGGUGGCCAUCUGCGGCAGAACGGGUUGCGGCAAGUCAACGCUUUUACUGAGCAUUCUGGCACUCCUAGAGCCAUCACAAGGGGCCAUCGUACUGGACAACAUAGACGUUGCUCGUGUGCCACAGGAGACUCUGAGGACCAGAAUCGUCACUGUGCCACAAGAGCCAUACUUGCACGGAGACAGCGUUCGCGCUGCUGUGGAUGCUGCAAGUGACCAGGCACUCUGGGAUGCGUUGCAGGCAUGCGGGCUCGUUGAGAAGGUUCAGGCGAAUGGUGGCGUGGAUUCCUCACUUGCAGCUUUGAGCUUGUCCACAGGAGAAAUGCAGCUCCUAGUCUUGGCUCGAAGGAUAACUCACGCGGGAAGAGCUGAAGGUGGACUAAUUUUGCUCGACGAGUCUACAAGCAGCAUUGAUCGUGUGGCGGCACAUGCCAUGUUGAAGCUGGUCCGUACGCGACUUGCAUCCAAGACAGUACUUUCGAUUCUACACGAUCUCGAUGCUGCAAUGGAAUUCGACCGGUUUAUAGUACUCGAGGGGGGGAUGGUGAGUUGUGAUGGAAGCCCUGCAGACGUGCUGCGGGAGUCUGAAUUGUUCUUGUCGAUGCGGAGGUCUUGA